AUGGCACGAUUAGGACAAAGGGAAGAAAUGAACAAUGCGGCUUAUUUUGAAAAUAAAAACGAAGCCUUUCCGGUCAUUGGUUCCCGAGUGCGCCGAGGUCCUGACUGGAUGUUCGAUAACCAGGACAACGCUGGACCUGGAACCGUCGCUGGGCACUCAGAACAUGAUUUUAAAGUCUGGGUAACAUGGGAUUUCAAUAAAAUGACUGGCAUGUACAGAUACGGUAUGGGAGAAUACGACGUGCUUAUCUCGGAUGAGCCGCGUGUGUUGAAAGCUGGAGAGAAAAUAGCAGUUGGCUGUCGAGUGAAACCAGGUAGGGAGGCUGGAUCGAAAGAUGUAUCUGGUUCAAUCCAAGGUGUAGUAAUACGCAUGAACUCAAAGAAUGCACAUGUACGUUAA